AUGCAGACCGCACGCACUCGCAUCGUACGCACCCGCUCACUCGCUCUGAACGUGCAGCUCCCGGCCUCGCGCCGCUUCUUGACGACGCCCUCGGGACGCCCUGCGCCCGUCACGACCGACGCGACGACCAACCUCGGCAGGCAGAACCCGGGAGGGUACGGCGGAGGCGGACCCAUCCCUCAGUCGACGCCCGGAGGUGGACCUCGUGGACCGACGCCUCCUCCCCCGAAGAAGGGCGGCUCCGCUGCCGUCCCGCUCGCCGUGUUGGUCCUCGUCGGCGCAGGAUCCGCGGCGUACUACAUGACGCAGGAGGACAAGCCGAAGGAGGCGUUCGCACACGACGUCAAGGCUCUCCAGCAGGGCGCCAAGCACGAGCUCGACACGCUCCGCCACGAAGGCGCGCGGUCGACGUCCGAACCCCUCGGUCCGACGUCUCCAGACGCAGCGCGCGAGGCUCACUCGUUCGCCGACAAGCUCCGCAGCCCUGAUGACCGCUUCGGCGCCAAGCAGGUCAAGGACUCGCUCAGGUCGGGCGAGCGCGAGGCGAGCUCGUUUGGACACGAGGUCAAGGACGAGGUGCGCCGUUUCGGCAACAAGCUCUCGAGCGAGGGCGAGUCCGUCUUCGGCGACGCCAAGCGCGAGGCGAGUCGAUUCGGCAGCGCAGUGCACAACGAGGCGCACGCGCACGCGCACUCGUGGAAGCCCUCGCUCGACGAACUCAAGCGCUACCGCGACAUGCUCCGCUCGCCCGACGACAAGUACGGCUACGACCAGGUCGUCGACGCCUUCCGCGGAAAGGGAGUCGACGUCACGACUGUCGGACGCAACCCCUGGUUCGACUGGAUGGGUCCCGGUCACUCGAUCCGUCGCGCGAGCGUCGUCCGCAAGAUUGACGACCUCGAGCGCGAGGGCAAGUCGGCGCUCGAGAACGCGGCCGACUCGGUCAAGAACGAGUACGAGCGGGCAAAGUCGGCCGCGUCCGACUUUGGACACGAAGUCAAGUCCGAGACCAAGUCGUGGCUCAACUGGGGCUCGAAGCAGGCCGAGGACGCAAAGGACAAGACCGAGGCGGAACUCGAGCGCGCCAAGCACGCUGCGAAGAACGAGGCCUCGUCGUGGUCGUCGUGGACGUCCGCCAAAGCCGACGAAGCCAAGUCCGCUCUCUCCUCCGCGACCUCUUCGGCCGAACACUCCGCCAAGUCAGCCUACAACGACACGGCUUCGUCGCUCGAGCAUGCAAAGGACAAGACGGUCGACGAGGGCAAGAGUUGGUGGAACUGGAGCGGGGAGAAGGCGGAGCAGGGGAAGGAGGGGAUCAAGGAGGGAUUGCUGAAGGCUGAGAGGGGAGUCGAGAGGGGCGCGCAGGAGGCUCAGCGCGAGACGAAGAAGCUUUGA